AUACCAAACUGAGGUUUAAAGGAUGAUGUCAGUGAAGGUCAAUUGAAGAAGUCACAAAAAUCUCAGUUCCCAGCUUCGGCUCAACCGAAUUCUUCACUAACAAAGAAUUUCUUUUCAAAUCUUGUGUUAUCAAUUUUGUUAACACAUUUGAAUCUUCAAUGGAGUUGGCUUCUGCUUCUCUCAACUCUUUCAAUGCCUUAUCCGUUCGACCGCCGCCUCACACUUCCAGAAACUCCUCUCAUUUGCUAUCUCUUUUCAGACCUUCAAUUCGAAGAAAUUUACGGUAUUUAUCUUCGAAAUUUACAGAUGAUACAGUUAGGAUACAAUGUUCCUCUAUUGGGGCUAUUGUUGGUAAUGCAACUGCAAUAACAAAUGAUUUUGCUGAAGAUCAUACAACAAAUGGUGUACACCUCCAUUCCAACUAUGACAAUGAACCUUCAACAUCAAAUGAGGAAGAUCAAGAGGAUAAGGAUGUCACAGAUGGUAGAUUCAGUGACGGUAAAAUGAUCCGCAUUUGUGAUAAGCUAAUCAACAUCUUUUUGAUUGACAAGCCCACCCCAUCUGAUUGGAGAAGGCUGCUGACUUUUAUCAAGGAGUGGAGCAAUAUCCGACCCCACUUUUACAAGCGGUGUCAAGACCAAGUGGAUAAUGAAAGUGAUCCGGGGAUGAAGCACAAGCUACUCCGCCUUGCAAGAAAGCUGAAAGAGAUUGAUGAUGAUGUUCAAAGGCAUAAUGAGCUUCUUGAGGUGGUCAAGAAGUCGCCGUCCGAGGUUGGUGAAAUUGUCGCUAGGCGUCGCAAAGACUUCACAAAAGAAUUUUUUGUUCAUCUGCAGACUGUGGCAGAAUCUUACUAUGAUAAUCCAACAGAACAAAAUGAUGUGGCAAAGAUUGGUAAUAUGUGCUUAGCUGCUGUACAAGCUUAUGAUACUGCUACCGAAAGUAUAGAAGCGAUCAAUGCUGCAGACUUGAAAUUUCAAGAUAUAAUUAAUUCUCCCUCUUUAGAUGCUGCUUGCCGGAAGAUAGAUAAUUUGGCUGAGAAAAAUGAACUUGAUUCAGCAUUGGUUCUCAUGAUUACAAAAGCUUGGUCAGCUGCUAGAGAGUCGAACAUGAUGAAAGACGAGGUGAAAGACGUAUUGUAUCAUUUAUAUAAGACAGCAAGAGGUAAUCUUCAGAGGCUUAUGCCAAAAGAAAUCAGGAUACUCAAAUACCUGCUUACAAUCAAAGACCCUGAGGAGCGAAUUAGUGCUUUAAAGGAUGCUUUUACCCCGGGGGAGGAACUUGCAGGAAAGGAUAUAGACUGUCUAUACACGACACCAGACCAGCUACACACCUGGAUUACGACUGUGGUUGAUGCAUAUCAAUUCAGCAGAGAGGGCACUCUUAUAAGAGAAGCAAGAGAUUUGAUGAAUCCAAAUAUUAUCCAGAAACUGGAAGAAUUGAGAAAAUUGAUCCAAGAUAAUUUCAUGUAAGCACUUUUUACUGUCUAGAAUCUUUCUUCGAUCAUCUGUUUCAGCAUCUCGUCUUCUGAGCCCCUCGAAGUGAGCUAAAGCAAUAAUUAUGGUGAUGAUAAAGUAGAUACUUGGCCUUCUUUUGUGACUUUGAAGCUCAGCCCUGAAAUUUUUGCAACAUAACAGCCUGAUCUUGCAAAAUGACUAAUUGAUAUGUGGUUAUGCUGCAAGACAGUUUAGCUGUUCUUGGUUGUGUGCAAAACUUUAAUGCAUGAUGGAAUAGGCAUUGGGCAACAUAUUUGGUAAAUAUGACACUUGUAGUUCACUUAGUCUGGGAUGAUGAUUCUUAUGUGAGUUUAUGUCUUGAAAAGUGAAAAACACACUGCUGAAAAUUUCAUGUUUGCUUUUGUUAGA